UGUGUGUGUGUGUCCUCCUCUACAGCAGGUGGCGCUGUUGUUUAUUGUGCUCGUGAAAACAGGAGCGAGUUCCGGUGAAUAUCAAAUGUCUGCUCUUUCUCCUGCUCAUCGAUGAAUUUCGUUGAUAAUUUACACAAAUGGACGAGUAGGAUGGAUCUGGACUUCGGGAACAAACUGCCCCAGGCUCUGUCGACAAACACUAAACUGCCCCAGUCUCUCUCCUCUAGCGCGAAGUUUCUGCCCUCAGACCCGUUUGAGCGCUACAGGCGUCCGCAGGGGGUCCGAGUCAAAGAGGAAGACGAGAGUGUGGAGGACUUCUUUCAUUUCGCUCAGCACCUGCAGCAGCAGACCGGAGAGUGUCUCACGGCUUGCUGCGGCACAUCGAACCCUAAAAGCCUGUCUCUCUCCGAUCCGGCCAAGACCCCCAGUCGUCCCUCUGCGGACCGGCCGUACCACUGCCAGGACUGCGGCAAAUACUUCCGGAUCAACGACAUCAAGCGGCACCAGCGGAUCCACAGCGGAGAGCGGCCCUUCCCCUGCUUCCAGUGCGGCAAGAACUUCCCCACCUCCGGGGACCUGAAGAGACACGAGCGCAUCCACACGGGCGAGCGGCCCUACCACUGCCUGCAGUGCGGCAAGAACUUCUCCGACUCGGGCCACCUCAAGCAGCACGAGAGGAUGCACACGGGCGAGCGGCCCUACCAGUGUCCGCAGUGUGCCAAGAGCUUCUACCGCUCCGGAGACCUGAAGCGCCACCUGAGGAUCCACAGCGGAGAGCGGCCCUACAAGUGCCUGCAGUGCGACAAGACCUUCUCCGACUCCGGGCACCUGCGGGGCCACCAGCGCAUCCACACCGGAGAACGGCCCCACCGCUGCACGCUCUGUGAGAAGAGCUUCUUCAGAUCGGGCGACCUGAAGCGGCACCACAGAACACACACGGGCGAGCGGCCCUACCAGUGCUUCCAGUGCGGGAAGAGCUUCUCCGAGUCGGGACACCUGAAGGAGCACCGGCGGAUCCACACCGGAGAGAAGCCCUACCACUGCAACCAGUGCGACAAGAGCUUCUCGCGGCUGGAGCGGCUCAAGGGCCACCAGAGCAUCCACACGGGCGAGCGGCCCUUCCACUGCACGCAGUGCGGCAAGAACUUCUUCCGCUCGGGAGAACUGAAGCGGCACCAGAGGAUCCACAGCGGCGAGCGAGCGUGAGCAGACCUCGCUGACGUUUGGCCUUCGCUCGAGACUACGUGUUCCUGUAUGAGCACAUGUGAGCGGCAGACGCUUGACCUCACUGACCCUGUAAGACUGUAGAGCACUGCUGAUCACUGACUCUGCUCUUCAUCUCGUGUGAGAGCAGCACAUGCUGUGUGUCGCUGUGAGUGUGCAUCUGUUGGUCAUCGUAAUGAAGCCUGCUCCAGCUGUUCAUCCUCUGACUGAUGCUCAUGGGCUUCGUUCAUCACACUCUGUAUGUUGUUGAGAAAUAUAUAGUCCAGUGACUCAUUAGAACUGUAAAUUGUAUUACAGUUAGUAUUACUGUGUGUUCUCACAUUCCCUGUAUUUAAGGAGUUCUUCUCAAACUAUGUUUAAAAAAUAUAUAUAAACCUGAAUUGUUUUAUUGUUAACAUGAUUUGAUGCCACAGAAGCGUCUCCAGAUCCUCUUCGUGUGUGUCUCGAUGGUGGCUCUGUGUUUACUAGCUGCUGUGUAAAUAAUGUAUGUGAAACACCAAAUAACGUUACUUUUUAACUGCACCACUUUAUUUGUUUCUACUGUUAUAAAGAAGCAGUUAUAAAGUAUAGAUGUGCUGUAAAUCAGCAGCUGUUUUUGAGCAGCAGAUGAUAAAUAUAGUCAACUCGGCUCAUAAAUCACAUUAGAUUUACUUUAUAGUCUUUUUAAAAUUAGCUCUUUACACGUAUCAUGGUUUUGAAUGGUCUUCUAUUUUUACUUUAUAUAUUUACGUAUUUAGCCAUCUUUAGUUUGUGUUUAGUUUUCAAGGCUUUAAUGUCACCAGAAAGGCUUUUUAUAGUAAAUUAGAGGAUCGAACUAUAAUUGUGUUCUUAGUGUGAAUUAAUGUUUUCUUCAUAUGUGUGUCAGGAUAAUAAACACUUGAGCUCUGAUUACA